AUGCAUCAAAGGAAAUAUGUCUUGGAGCUAAUUUCAGAGGUUGGACUUGCUGCAGCAAAACCAACAUUAACUCCUAUUGACAAUAAUGUCAAGCUAACUUCAAAACAGUAUGAUGACCAUGUUGGACAAACAAAAGACUCAGAAGACAGUGUUCCAUUGGUUGAUCAAACUUUCUUUCAGAUACUGAUAGAAAAACUUCUAUAUUUAACUGUAACUAGACCUGACAUAGCCUUUGGGGUUCAAACACUUAGUCAAUUUCUUCAACAGCCCAAAAAUUCAGAUAUGGAAGUUGCCUUGAGAAUUGUCAAGUACAUUAAGAUUCAUCUAGGUCAAGGAAUCUUAUUAUCUAGUACUCAGAUUAAUACUAUCACUACAUUAUGUGAUGCAGUCUGGUGUCACAUCCUUAGUCGUUAA